AGAGAUCGAACGCACUGUCGUAAAGUAAUAAUAAAAAUGUCGGUAACCGAGGAACAAAUUAAAAAUAUUUGUGGACAAUGUUUGUUGGAAAUCAAAAGCAAUUUUUUUGUUCGAUGUUAUUACUGUAAUGGGCAAUAUCAUUUUUCUCCUUGCUGUUCACUCUCUGAGAGCUCAUAUAAAAGCAUGAGCCAUACGAAAAGAGUAGGAUGGAGAUGUCAAAAGUGUACAUCAAAAUCUCCCAACAUUGGAUAUUUGGUUUUACCAAGUGAAAAUGAGCACCAUCAACAUAACUCAGGCAGUCAACAAAGCAAACAGCAAAGAACCGAGAGUGAUGAAGCUAACUGUAGCAAGAGAUUUAAAAACAAUAAUACACCAACAUCCUCCUUAAAUAAAAACAACGAAAGCUUAUCACAAAACAGAGACAUAGAAGAGUUUAAAAUCGGUUUCGUUAAGCUAGAAAAUUGUAUAAAACAACUCACGGAGAGCAUUACAACAAUGAGUACGAAAUUGGAUGAAACGAGAGAAGAUAUGAACAAGAAUGUAUCAACACUAACAACACAAAUACUCGACUUGUAUGAGAGAGAUAGAGAGAGAAGCGAACAAAUUCAGAAAUUAAAUGAGAAAGAUCAAGAGAGAUGUGCACAAAUUCAGAUACUCAACCAGAGAAUAGAAAAGUUAGAACAAAAAGCGUUAAACAAAAACAUUGAAAUAAGCAACGUUAAAAACAUGAAUAUCGAGGUCAGUGAACUGGUAGCCAAAAUUGUUGAGAAAACGGGAGUGCAAAUUUGCAACUCCGAUAUUGAGAGAACUGUGAAGAUAGAUAAAAAGAACAAAAUAAUUAUAGAGUUCUCAUCGAUAAGUAAAAAACGAGAGGUAAUGAAAAAAAUAAACAGGCACCGACUGCAAGUAUGCCAAGGAGUUGAUGAAGGUGGAAUUGAAAAUACUAUAUUUCUAAAUGAUGAGUUAACUCCACACAACAGGCGCUUGCUUUGGAUGACCAAAACUAGAGCAAAGGAGUGUAAAUGGAAAUUUGUUUGGGUUCGAAACGGAUGUAUUUAUGCUCGAAAGAAUGAAAAUUCUCGAUUUAUUUUGAUAAACAAUACCGCCGAUUUGGAAAGUAUAAGCGAAACAAUGUAAAUUUUUCACAGUUUACCCCACAAAUUUUUGCACAACGAAAAGAAAGAGCCUAUCAAAGAGAAAGCACCAAAUUAAAUGCUGAUAAAACUAGAAUAUUAAAAGACUGAAUUAAUAAAAAACACAAUAAAUAUACAAAUUUAAAUUUGUUUCUUUAAUUUCGUAAAAUAUUUGGA